AUGGUGCCUAAGAUUCCUACGAUUGUAGAAAUACGAGCAUCCACUGUAGUGCUUAGCACCCCUGAUGCCUCGGCUACCGUUGUGAGAGUUGGCGAAAACCUCGCAGUCAAGUUGGGUCGUACCGUUACUCUUCUAGAAGCUGAUAACCUCCGAUUCCUGUCAACGAACAGCAAAGUUCCUGUACCAGAAGUAUACGCAACGAUGGUGGAGCCAGAGACUAAUAGCAAAUUCAUCGUCAUGGAGUACAUCGAUGCCAAGAUCCUGGCAGAUCUCUGGCCGUGCCUUGAAGCUCCUGAUAAGCUAGAAAUUGUCGGCCAAAUUCGUGCCAUUCUACAGGACUUGCGCAGCCUUAAGCCGCCCUCUUAUUUUGGUUCUCUUGAUCGACGGCCCCUUGAGGAUGGAUGCUUUUGGACUCCAGGACGGAACCCAGCCAUGUCCGGUCCCUUUGAUACGGAGGACGACCUCAACGAAGGGAUGCUCAAGAAGAUGGCGGGAACUCAGCACCAGAAAUAUCUCGCAUUCCUACGAACAGUCAUGUCAUGGCAGCGAUAUUGCGCGAUCAUCAAGUCAAAUUCACUCACGGGGAUCUGCAAGCUAAAAAUAUUCUUGUGA